UCAGCUGACAUGAUGCUUUUAGUAGGCACAACCAUGAUGACCGUAUCCAUGGCGUCGAUUCCUCUGUGCGAUGCUCUUUGGGCUCUCGCCAUUGUGCUAGCUGUAAUGGGCUUUUUUAUGGGUACAAUCGACACAGUAGCCAACGUGUCGAUGAUUUGCAUCUAUGGGAAAGACGUCUCCCCUUUCUUACAGGCAAUCCAUUUCUUCUAUGGUGUGGGAGCAUUUUUAAGUCCCAUGAUCGCGCAACCUUUCUUGUUGAACGAAGACUGCAGCCCUUUUAUAUCCAACAAUACAGAGCCCCUUUUCCCGGAAGAGCAGAAUGAAACUCAGCCUGCUGCAACACUUGAAGAGGCACGCAGCAUGACACACAUCGACUACGCUUUUCUGAUCAUGGCUCUUACUAUGGUGCCUGUAGUAGCUCUGGCUUUUUCACUGGUUGGAAAGAAACACUGUCUGCGGCUAUUAGGUGGGGACACUCAUGAUCUGGAAGGCAAAUUGAGUAAGGAGUAUCAAAAUAUGGGAGAAAGUGAAGCUCAUUGUGGCUCUGAUCGAGUAAUAAGAAGCCAGUUUCAAGUGACUAUUGUUACAGUUCUCUCUGCUUUGUUAAUGUUCUUGUAUGAUGGACUUCAGGCAGCUUAUGGUGGUUUCAUCUAUUCUUAUGCAGUUAAGGGCCCAACUAAGUUCCGAAAAUCGGAUGCAGCUUACCUUAACGCAUUGUUUUGGGGAAUGUUUGCUACAGGAAGAUUGCUUUCUAUAGCUCUUGCGACUAAGUUAUCUCCUUCCUUCAUGCUCUUCUGCAAUAUUAUCGGAUGCAGUGCUGGACUUUUACUGAUGCUGGCGUUAAGGUACAGUCAUGUGAUGCUGAUUGUGGGUACCUGCAUGCUGGGCAUAUUUAUGAGCAGCGUAUUCCCAACGGCGCUCUCACUCACUGAGCAAUACAUACAUGUUACUCCCGCCACUACAAGUUUUCUGGUCUUUGGAGCUGCUUUAGGAGAAAUGUCAAUGCCUGUGAUAGUUGGUCACGCAUUCGAGAUGAGCGGUCCAGCAAGUUUCUUGGUGACUGGGAUGGUUCUCUGCUUUAUAUCUAUAAUUGUUUACAUGUCUUUGUGGCUAGUUGGAUUGACGUUACUGAAACCUGAUAGUACACCUGGUAUCAUGGUUUUCUUUGCCAAAUAUAUGCCAGGUACUGUACAAAAGAUGGAAGGAGAAAAUACUAGUCUUGUCAAUCAAAAUGUACAGUAUUAUUCUCGUAUGCACACUAGUCUUUCUCCAAGCCCAGAAGAACAAGAUGGCACAGUCAAUAUUGUUAAAAAAGAAUGUGAAACCUCACAUUAAGAAUGAUUUAACAAACGAAUAGAUUACUGACAGAAGCUAAAUUGGCGAUUUUAACUCAUUACAAAGUGUGAGUAACAUUGAAUAUGUAGUUUGAUAAAGAGGCAGCAAAAUAAAAUAAUUAUUUGUUUAAGUGAAUAAAGUUUAUGUACAAAGUUGGCUUGUAACUAUUGAAUGUGAAAAAAUAAAUGUAUUAAGCAUCAAUA